AUGUCGACACCGGGACCAGUAGACGACUCAAACGCGAUACCAGAGUACGUACUCUGGCCGUACACACCUACCAUCGCGGCCGGCGCCAUUACCGCCGUGAUCAUGUUCAUACUGUUCUUCAUCCACACAUACCGCCUCGUCAAGAACAGGACAUGGUUCUGCAUACCCUUCGUCAUCGGAGCUCUAUGCGAAGCCAUAGGCUACUCCGCCCGAGCCGCAGCCCACAACGACACCGAGAACAAAACCCCCUACAUCAUCCAAUCCACGCUCAUCCUCCUCGCACCCAUCCUCUUCGCAGCUUCCAUCUACAUGAUCCUCGGUCGCCUCAUCCGCCGCACAGACUCUGCUGAGUACUCGUUGAUCCGCGUAAACUGGUUGACCAAGCUCUUCGUUGGCGGCGAUGUUCUCUGCUUUAUGAUCCAAGGCGGCGGCGCCGGCAUGCUCGUAUCCGCCUCCGACGCCGACGGCUUCAAACGCGGCGAAAACAUCAUCCUCGGCGGCCUCAUUCUCCAAAUCCUCAUCUUCGGCUUCUUCGUCGUGGUAGCGGGUAUCUGGCACGUAAGACUCCAAAAGGGACCUACAGCUGCGUCGGCGGAUAUUCCGUGGACGAAGUUGAUCUGGUUUUUGUAUGCGGCUAGUGUGUGCAUUACUAUUCGUAACCUUUGUAGGGUUAUUGAGUAUGCGAUGGGCAAGGAUGGUUAUCUGCUGUCGCACGAGUGGCCGAUUUAUGUUUACGACUUUUUGCCUAUGAUGAUUACGCUUAUUGUUUGUGUUUGGUGGUACGACCCCAACAUUAAGCCGGCUCGCAAGGGAGAUAUUGAGUUCGCUCGUCGAUAG